AUGUUCUUGGAGUGGGCGGACCGAAGCUCGAAGAUGGGCUUCUCGAUCGCGAGCUUGACCUUGGAAAUCAUCAACUCCGGUCAUGUCUGCAGGUCUGAUCAACCACACCUACAGCGAGGUUUCAACGAGAUCAUCGUGGAAGCCUUCCGGAAGCUGUACCAUAACACUGAACGGAUUGCGGGUUUUUCAUUGUCAGCCGAGCUAUUCCCUCCACCGACCACGGCGUCCGAAGGUUUCAACUCAAGGUCCAACAAACGUGCUUCAAGACUGGCGCACGCGAAUGGAACCCUCUCAACAGUGUGGGAGCCUGAAGCAGUCCGUGAUAAACACAAGAACCAGGUUGCGUCUGAUGUCAAUACUCUCAAUCCGUUCUCCGGAGACACACCCCUUCUCGGUGCGGCGCGGAUGGGCGACCUUGUGGCUGCCAAAGCUCUCCUUGAUGCUGGAGCAGAUCCAUCUAUUGCCGGAAAGGAUGGUUCGGUCCCGCUUCACUGGCUGUUCAUGUUUCCCAAAUCUAAUCACGAGCAGAUUGCCCGCCACCUUGGCCCUGCCGAUAAAGCCGCAGCGACCGUCCAUCGUCGGGUAAAGUUCCCUCAGAGGCUCGAUGCCCAAUUUCCAGUAGAGCUUUUUGGGACUCCCCUCUCAUUUGCAGUCGCUACUGCAAGCCUCAGCGCUGUCGAAGCUCUCCUCAAGAUCGGCGCAUCUCCCACAGCUGAUGCAGGGAUAGAGAACUCUACGUCCUGGCACCGAAGUCCUCUUGAACUCGCUGCCAGUCUACACCUGCAUACCGUCCUUGAAAACCUCCUUCGGGCUCUUGGAACUACCGAUCUUCCAGACAACUUGUUCCUGCGGCUUCUAGGCGUCAUGACAGAGUCAUCGAUAUUCGAGAGACGAUGCAUACAUGGAGCAGCAACUGCCACGGCAUGCCAAGAUACUGUUUCGACGAUAUGCUUCUAUCCAGAAACACUGCCCGUCAAACCCGACAAGACUGUCGACGACCUGAAAGCGGGCAUUUCUGCUGCUAUUGCAAGAGCGGACACUGAGGUGGCCACUGCUUUGGUGGACGAAUUCGAGGCAGGGUUCCCUCACUCAGCCAACAUUCAGAACCGCGCACAAUUCAUCCGAGAAGCUGCCCUGCUGUCCGCGGUCAACUCUCAUUGCGCCAAUAUUCUUGAUUCGUCCACGACCCUGGAGCUGGUCAAUUCUGCCAUCGAGGAUCGACUUGAUGUCGAAAGGUUCAAUGCAACCCGCCGUGCAUUUGACUCUCAAAACCCCAUCUUCGUCGCCAUUGAGAACCAACGAGAUGAUUUAUUGAAAUUUUUGAAGGGAAAGGGCAUCGACAUUUGCUCAAAGGAUCCAAAGGGUCGCUCGGCCUUGCACAACAUCUACAUCAACAAGCUCACAUGGCUUUCAGCCAAAACAAUUAUCUCCCUCGGGUUCGAGGUCGAUGAACGAGACGACAACUCCGCUACACCUCUAUACUACGCAGCUAUGUAUGGGGGCCCUGGGGAAGUCAAAGAAUUAGUUUCUAUGUCUGCCGCGGUCAACGCCUGUGAUGAUCAAGGUUUUACACCACUACACCAGGCCAUACGAGGCUGGGAUCUUCCAACCAUCCACUGCCUCCUGGAUCUAGGCGCUGAUCCAACCAUGUUUGAUAAGACUGGAAGGGCGCCUAUUCACCUCGCUGCUGUGGACCCUAGGGGGUUGGCUAUUUUCAAGUGUCUUGCGCAUUCGGGAGUUUCGGGAGAGAUAAAAACAAAAGACGGUCAGGAUUGUAUUGCUUUGGCGAGUCUUUCUGGCAAUAACCUUCUCGUCGAGGAGAUGAUCACAUCAGAACUUAGUGGAAGCCCUGAAAAGUUGCGACACCCGGAUGUGCUGGUCCAACAACUCGUGCUUCGCUCCUCUGACGCUCUUAGUAUCUCAUCUUGCAAUGGCCGAGCUCCACUACGUUACGCUGCACGAAACGGGCUCGAGAAUGUGGUUAGACUUCUCCGUCACAUCCUUAGCAGCCAUAACAUAUCCAAGAGAGACAGUUCAGGUCGCAUUGCGCUUUCCUUGGCAGCAGCCAACGGACACACAGGCGUGGUCAAGAUUCUCUUUGGCCUUGGGCCUUCGUCUAUGAUCGAGAGCACGGAUGAAGACGGUCGUGGAGCCUUAUCCCUGGCAGCUGGCAACGGUCAUGUCGAAACCGUGAGAGAGCUGUUAAAGCAUACGACAAAGCACAACGCGCAAUGUCGGCAUGGUCGUACGGCACUGUCAUGGGCUGCUGGCAAUGGCCACACACAGGUUGUUGCGGAGCUCCUCCAGGCGCCUCGGUUGGAUGCAGAUUCGGAAGGCAUAUAUGGGCGCACGCCAUUAUCCUGGGCUGCUGGCAAUGGCCACGCACAGGUUGUUGCGGAGCUCCUCCAGGUGCCUCGGUUGGAUGCCGAUUCGAAAGGCAUAUCAGAUGGGCGCACGCCGUUGUCCCUGGCUGCUGGCAACGGACAUAUCAAGGUUGCGAAGCUGCUGUUGGAAUCGGGUCGCUGCACCGGCGACAUGACCGACCGGUCAGGUCGCUCUGCGCUCUCAUGGGCUGCCGGAAAUGGGCAUCUGGCCAUGGUAGAGUAUCUUCUAAGUGUCCCUGGUUCCCAUCGGGAGGUAUGGGCUGCCGAUAUCAACGGCCGGUCCCCGGUGUGGUGGGCGCUCCGAUUCUCACACACUCUCAUCGCGAAGGCACUCGUAGCGCAGGAGUACUCCAAAUUUCAGAACCGGCUACUCGAAGCAGUUCAGUAUGGCCAUCUGGCCGUCGUCGAGUUUCUUCUAGACCCACGGCACCUUCCUCACAGCUAUGACGUCGAGUCGAGGGACGCACGUGGCCGGACAGCUCUGUUGGUUGCCACCGAAGCUGGCCACUCUGACAUUUUCUUUGCCUUGAUGUCUGUUGGAAGGGCGAAGGCAAAUGUUCGAGACUAUCAAGGCCGUACACCUUUGUAUUGGGCCGCAAAAGGCGGGCAUCUAUCCAUGGUCAAGAAAUUGAUGCUAGUUCUCGACCCUGACGAUAUCAACUGGUCAGCCAGUGACGGACUCACUGCCCUUUCUAUUGCCCGGAUUAAUGGCCACGUGGAUGUCAUUGCGGCACUGUCUCCUGAUAGUGGUGGUGUCGAGCCACCACCGGCGCAAACGACAAAGAUCACAACCACGGCUAGUGCUACUACUCAUGGCACUGUUGACUUGGACGAGAAAUGCGAUGUUAAGUACGCCGCCAGUUCCUCAUGA